AUGAUAAAUGUACCAUUACAGGAAAUCGGUGAAAGUGCAUUUUUUGCUAAUCAAAAAAUAACAAUACUAAAAUUCCCGCCAACACUAAUUACAAUCAAGAAUGAAGCCUUUAGUAAUUGCUUGAACUUAGAAAGCAUUGAAUUUAACGAGGGACUUAAAGUUUUAGGAAAUUAUUCUUUUAAAGGAUGCAUUUCAAUGACAACCUUAAUAUUUCCAUCAACACUGGAAUACAUAGGUGAUCAUUGCUUCGCAGCAUGCACUUCUUUAACAAAUAAUAUUAAUUUACAUAAUAAUAUUAAAUUUAUUGGAGAUAAUGCUUUUUCGAGCUGCUACAAUAUAAUAUCUAUCACCAGCUAUCUCAAUAAUGAUGUUUAUAUAGGGUAUAAUCCAUUUCUUUGUGUAAAUUAUUUAAAAAAAUUAAUAAUUUAUUCAAACUAUUUAAAUUUUAUUAAUUUGUUCUCAGAAAAUCAGUUCAUAGAACGCAUUAUACUUGAUUUCCAUCAAUCUGCGACUUUACCAUCAUUAUCUCACCUAGAAGAAUUAAAUAAUUUAUCAAUCAAUUGUCAUAACUAUUCCAUUACAUUACCAAGCAAUUUUAUAUCAUCAGAGAACAUUUCGGUAUCAAUAUAUGGAAAUAUCAAAUCAAUUCCAGAUGAUUCUUUUACUGAUGCUAAUAUUUCAGUGUUCAUUUACUGCAGUCUUUCUUCUGUUAAGGGUGAUUUCCUAAAGAAUGCAAAAGCAUGUCAAAAGAUUAUAGUUGGGCCUUAUUAUUCAGGUAAAACUUUUGGCGGACUUAAAAUUACUUCUGUGGAAAAUAUCUGCGAACUGAAACCGAGUAAGAAACUUUCUGGUGGAGCAAUUGCAGGAAUAACAUUAGCUGCAAUUGCUGUUGUUGCUGGUUUUGCUGUUGGAUUUGUUUAUAUAUAUAAGAUUCGUAAAACACAAAACAAGAUUGAUAAUAAAAUUGCUCUUGAGAAGAUGGUAUUUGAAGAUUUCGGAUAA